AUGACCGAAACAUACGAGCUUUGUACUCGUGAUUCACGUGCACUCCUUCACCACCAGCUUUCGGCAACCGACUUCAAUGGCAACUUCAAUUAUGUCCCAUACCAGCAGUUCAAUGAGAAAGGUAGUCAAGUGUGGUCCAAUCUCAUGUCCGCGGAUUGGGCAUGGAAGCAGGCAGACCUCAUCGCUCAGGAUCCAAGUAACCACAACGUCAUGUUUGUGCCUGUAAUCUCUGGAAGUGACAAGACAACCGUUUCGGUGUUUUGCCUAAUGUGUUUCUUCCUAUACCCAAAAUUAUACCACAGCUGCCUCACACUUGUAUUCGAGCCACUUAAAGCUGGCAUGACAACUCCCAAGGUUGUGAGAUGUCCUGAUGGGCAUUUUCAACGAGUUAUCUAUGGGCUUGGUCCAUACAUUGCUGACUACCCGGAACAAGUCUGGCUGGCAGAUAUUGUUCAGAAUUGGUGUCCAAAAUGCGACGCACACCCAACGCGGCUUGACAGUACUGGGACUACUGGUGGACUACGGCGAACACAACAAAAGACCGACUAUUUCAUAUCAGUAUUUGACCCUGGGAUCUUGUGGGAUGAUUUCGGAAUCCACAGUGACAUUGUGCCAUUCACUCAUGAUUUUCCUUGCACCAACAUUCAUGAACUCCUCUCCCCAGAUCUACUACAUCAAGUCAUCAAGGGCACGUUCAAGGACCAUCUUGUGACAUGGGUCAAUGAAUACUUACACCUUGAACAUGAAGAAGCAAGAGCGCAGGAGAUUAUUCAGGACAUUGACUGGUGCGACAGUAUCUCAGUGGUGCCACCAUUCCCUGGCCUCCGCCGAUUCCCUGAUGGUCGCGACUUCAAUCAAUGGACUGGUGAUGACUCAAAAGCUUUGAUGAAGGUGCAUGAUAUCAGAUUACUUACUCUACUUAAUAUUUACAUUCACCUCAAGGUCUACCUCGCUGCAAUCACAGGCUAUGUACCUACCAAGAUGGUGCAAUGCUUAUCCGCUUUUCUAGACUUCUGUUACAUUGCACGACAUAACGCCAUCACAUAUGAGGGUCUCCAAGAACUUGAGGCAUCUCUCGAACACUUUCACCUCCUUCGACAAGUUUUCAUUGAUACCGGAGUUUGGGUAGACAUCUCGCUUCCACGUCAGCACCCCCUUGUCCACUACGCGCGAUCAAUGUGCUUGUUUGGGUCACCAAAUGGGCUAUGCUCAUCAAUCACAGAAUCCAAGCACAUCAAAGCCGUCAAAGAACCCUGGCGUCGUUCCAGUCGAUACAACACUUUGAUUCAGAUGCUUUGGACAAUCUCACAGCUUGACAAGAUGGCCGCGGCACGGUCGAUGUUCACAUCAAAGGGGAUGAUGAAAGGGUCCACGCUGUCGUAUAUGGAGAUGAUUGAUGCUGGGGGUGCCCCAGAGCCACUCGCUUUGGAUCUGGAUGAUGAAAAUGACGAGAAUGAUGAUUUAGGACCUGUAUUGGGCCCCAAGGUUCUUUCUUCGAUCGAUCUUGCUCAUUCUCCCCAACAUUCAUACCCCAGUUCCUUGGUGGAUCUCGCAACCCACAUUGGCCAACCGCAUCUUCCUGGUGCAUUCCGACGAUUUCUGUGGGAGAUAGUGAAUUCUGAUUCACUUUUGUCCUUGAGUCAAGUCCCUCUCAACGAUUGUCCAAAUUUCUAUGGCCGCAUCUCUGUUUUCCAUUCGGCCAUCGCUCACUUUUAUGCACCAAGCAAUCUUUGUGGUGCAGGCGGGAUGUACCAUGAACUUAUCCACUCCAACCCCAAUUGGCAUGGUGAAUACGCACGAUAUGAUACUGUGUUUGUAGAGACCAAUCCAGAGCUCCCUGGCAUGCAGGGCAUGAUUAUUGGGCGUGUUAUUCUUUUCUUUUCAUUCAACUUUGAAAGUUGUCACCACUCAUGCGCUCUGAUUCACUGGCUAGUUCCUGUCAGUGAUAGCCCUGAUGCAGAGACAGGCUUGUGGGUGGUACAGCCUGAGUUUGAAAGAAAUGGUCACUGUAGUCUACAAGUGGUUUCGUUGGAUUCCAUUGCACGUGCAGCCCAUCUCCUUCCGAUAUUUGGUUCUUCUCCUCUUCCAGAGGAUUUCCAUUUCUCUCAAUCAUUGGAUGCCUUUCGCACUUACUUCGUUAAUUGCUUUUUUCAGCUUGUGACUUGUCAACAAGCUGUCAGCCGCAAAAAGUCGCAAAAAGUCCACAAGCAAACUCAUCAAACCAGAUAUGUAGUGAUGUACUUUGACCAGGAAUUGAAUUUAGUAUGCUGUUAG